UGCCCAUCCAGAUCCUGUCAUUUCAGCAGUAAUCAGUAAAAAAAAAAAUUGGGAAACUUGCCGUAAAAAUUGGAAACCAUGCUGCCCCGUCCGAGAGUAACCCGCCUGAUCUCCGGGAUCGGAGUCCGGCGCUUCGCCGACGCAAUAAACAGCAGCUUGCAAGCGGCCUACGUGAAGGGAGAUGCACGUCGUGACCCCGUCAACGUGCUGCCCAAGUCCAAGUACGGGGGAAUCAAUACGGUGUCCCUGCUGACGGCCAGCACGAUCAUCGGCGAGCAGGGAGCCAACUUCGUGACGUCGCUGGUGCACAGCACCGGGGUUCCCGUGGAGGUGCAGGUGAUCGAGCCGGGCAACGAUUCUGAGUACUUCAACUCGGUGCUCCGGAACAGAUCCGCCGUCUGCGUGGACAUCCUGGCGGAUGCGGAGGCCAAGCAGAAGGCUCUCAAGCUCUGCAACGAUCUCAAUUUGUACGUGUUUAAGACACGAACUCGUAGCUUUCCCGGCUUCAACUGCCGCUUUCCGAACGUGGACAUCCAGAUGAUCGGCGAGAACAACAUGGGCAACUACAAUGAGCUGGAGUACUCGCCGGUCAAGGGCGUUGUGGAGGCGCUUUGUGUGGUGACCCAGGCCAGGCAUGAGAAGUACCUGAAGUACGCCUUCGAGGCGGCAGUGAAGGCGGGAAGGAAGCGAGUCACCCUGAUCAACAAGGCCAAGGAGUGGCCCAUCAGCGAUGGCUCAAUGGUGGAGGUCGCCAAGCAGAUGCACUCCGAGUACGAGGACUGCCUGGAGCUGGAGCUCAUGGAGGUGGACGAGGCCAUCAACCGGUUGACCACGGACCCCACCUACUUCGAUUGCCUCUUUGCCAGCGAUCGCUAUGCCACCUUUCUAUCGGCGAUCUGCAGUGCAGUCUGCGGAGGAGCUAACCUCUUCAGUGCCGUGGAGAUCGGGGAUCACCAUGCCAUCUUUAAGCCCCUGCAAACCAAACUGUCCCUGACCUACUACAACAACCUCAGUGCCUACGGCAUCGUGUCCACCAUCGUGGAUCUCCUCGAGCAUUUGGGGCACUCGAAGUGCUCCCAUAAGCUGUGGUGCGAGAUGCUGCGCACCAUGUACGAGGGAAUCCGCACCAAGCAGUUCGGGGGCAAGGACACCGACGAGUACGUCAUCUGCAACAUCAUUAACCAGCUGCGCUGUCAGAGAUUUGGUGAAUCAAAAAAAUGAUUAGCUUAACUAAUCCCAAGUUUAAAACGACGUCCAAUCAAUCUUUCCGAUAUAAACUAAAUUACUUUUUAGCUGAAAAUGUAUAAACCUAAUUGUCCGACAUAAGAAAAAUAAUAUACUUUUUAAAUCGAUAAAUACAGUAAACAUGUAAAUUUAA